CUUCAUUUUUCUUUCUUUCAUUUCUUUCUUCCUCUCAUGCCUCGUCCUAAACUUCACAAUGCAAAUAUCUUGGCUGAAUUUCAGAACUUGAAUUAUGGUAAUGUACCUGAACAAAUGAAUCCUAUUUGGUUACCUGUGACAGAAGGUCAACUUCCUACAUGGUUGAAUGGUACAAUGUAUCGCGUUGGUGGUGGACGAUAUAAACUAGGCGAUCUAGAUCAUAGUGGUGGUGGUGCGGCAUUUACUAUACGUCAUGCUUUUGAUGGACUUCCCUAUCUCUAUCGAUUUCAAUUUAACAGUAAAGACAACACAGUACGUUUCAAUUCACGAUAUUUGGCAAAAGACUUUGAAAAGAAUUUAUUGGCAUCUAAUGGUCGAGGUGCUGUAUGGUUUGGUGAAUCCAAAAAUAUGUCAACAUGGAAUCGUCUCAAGGAUUUCGCUAGUCGAGUAGAUCAUCUUGCUCUUCGUCCAAAAUCAUCGACACCUACAUCACUUUCUAUUGGUAUUACUGCUACUCCAAAUUAUCCUCUUCCCUCUUCUUCUUCUUCUUCUUCUACUCGUUUGGCCAUGGUGACUAAAUCUGAUUUUAAUGGUCUUCAACAAGUGGAUCAUGAUUCUUUAGAACCCCAAAAGAUUUAUACUUAUCGUGAUUACGACAAAAGAUUAGAUGGACAACUCGUCGCUGCUCAUCACCAUUACGAUUAUGAUACAAAGGAAUCAAUCAAUAUGACAAUGAAUGUUGGUGGCAAACCAACCAUUCAGGUAUUUAGUAUCAAUCCUCAAGGCAAGACAACAAUAUUGGCAAGCAUUCAGCGUGGCAAGGACAAACACAACACACCAGUACGCAGUUUUUAUUAUCAUAGUUUUUUUACCACCAAGAACUAUGUUGUUAUUCCUGUAUAUCCCAUGUACUAUAGAAAUUAUGGAUUGGAUCUCUUAUUGAAUGGCAGUGUCUUGGGUGGACUUGAAUGGGAAGCUAAUACUCCAACUUACUUUCAUAUUGUGGAUCGACACCAUGGCAAAGGGCACGUGACAACAUUAUUGGCACCUUCUUUUUUCGCAUUUCACAUCAUCAACGGACGAGACUAUCAAGACGAACAUGGCAACAUUUUGUUUGAAUUGGAUUGUGCUGCCUAUAAUGGUGACAUGAUUUAUGAAACGCAUGCUUUUGGUGAUAUCAUUCGAGCCUCAGACUAUGAUCGUUACGUCUCUUUAUGCAAGGGAAAAAGAAAACGCAAGAACAAUGGUAUCCGAAUUCCUCCUGGUCAUGUUACCACAUUUGGUGAUUAUCGACGGUAUACACUUGAAUGGAAGAACCCUCAUCGAACUACGACCAAUACUGCUUUAGCUACCUUUGAAACGAUCUGUACCAACUUUGAUUUCCCUCGUAUGAACUCGGCUUACUGUUUCAAGGAACAUCGUUAUGUAUAUGGUUGUCAAGUCCAACCGCCUACACGAGAACGAGGUGAACGCUAUACUUUGGUCAAGGUGGAUGUACAACAACGAGUGACAAAAACAUUUGAAUUGGAAAGUCAUCAUGGUUAUUUAUGCUCGGAACCUAUCUUUGUAUCUGCAAAAGACAGUGAUGAUGAAGAUGAUGGUGUGGUACUCAGUCUGGUCAAUGUAUUCGACAAUCGUGGAUCUCAAUAUGAUCAUUGUUACUUGUUGGUGUUGGAUGCUUCCUCCUUUACAACUAUCGCUAAAAUCAACAUUGGUGCUUAUAUCGCUCCUACCUUCCAUGGUUCUUAUGUUGAUGAUGCUUCCUUGGAAACUGGUUCUUUUAAUUGAUCAUGUAUAUAGUAGUAUGAUAU